GAGAGAAUCCGUGGCCACAGGUACCGUAGCCUAGGAGACCUGGAGAGAGACGUGAUGCUGCUCUUCCAGAAUGCACAGACCUUCAACCUGGAGGGCUCCCUGAUCUACGAGGACUCCAUCGUGCUGCAGUCCGUGUUCACCAGCCUGAGACAGAAGAUCGAGAAGGAGGAGGACAGCGAGGGGGAGGACAGCGAGGAGGAGGAGGAGGAGCUGGACGAAGGCUCUGAGUCCGAGUGUGAGUCUCUGUCCUCCGCUGCCCGCUCGGUGAAGGUCAAGAUCCGCCUGGGCCGGAGGGAGAAGGGCGGUGAGCGAGGGAAGGGGCGGAGGCGUAUGGGCCGAACCCGGGCCAAACCUGUCGUGAGCGACGACGACACGGAAGAGGAGCAGGAGGAGGAACGUUCUCCCAGUGCUACUGAUGAGGAGACCUGAGGGGGAGGAGAGGAGUAGGAGAGGAGGGGGAGACCUGAGGGGGAGGGCGCAGAAACUAAUUCCAAGCACCACUGCAACUUUCCCUUAAAUCCAUUUUUAAGCUUUAAUCAACUCCAUUUAUGCACUUUUAAUCCACAUUUCAAAAAAGAAGAUGGAAAUAGUCUUAUAUCUGAAAUAAGGGAAUCUUCCCUACUGACCAAUGUUAACAUGCACUGAAUUGCAUUUUGACAUGGAUAACAACAUAUUGCUUGAAGUGGAAAAAUAGGUCAACUGUUCCUUGAAGUCAAUAUUAUCAUCCAAGACAUUUUACGAAAAAGUUGAUGUCGCAACAGUUGGUACCAAUAGAUAUAGUAUGGUCAGUGUACGUUUUCUCUUGGGGGUGAGUCCGAGUGUUUAUCCUUACAGGGGCUCUCUAUUUGAGUAGGAAGUGUACAUGUUGGCGCGUGAAGAAGGUUGGAUUGAUGACUUGGCCCACUUUAGCAAGUAUGUUUCCCGAACCCACUGAGUUUUAAUCGAGGUGAUUCCAUUUCACCCUCAAAAACACCACAACAACAUAUUUUGGUAAACAACAUAAUGCUGCUGACUAGUCUUAUAACUAUAUUCUUCCUAUAUAAGCUUAUAUUGAUGUUGAAUGUAUGAAUCAUUCAUUGGGUUAUACAUUUAAUAUUCAUUGUGAGGUAUUGUAAAAGUUUAUUUUUCAAUAUUGUGCAGUAUUUGUAUUGCAUCUUAAUUUUUUACCUGGCAAAACUCAAUUGCUGCGUGACCUUUCCAUUUGUUGGCACUUUCGUGUUCUUGUUUUGAAGCAAAGAACCAGAGAGACAGUUGUUCUUCUCUGUUUACAGGCCUUCUGCGGCACUAGCGUGUUAGAUAUACGGCUGUAGCUUCUGUUUCUAAAACGCAUGUGUACGUGCGUGCAGGUGUGCGGACGUGUGCAAGCCUAGAACUCAA